UUCCUCGUGGCUUGUUCCUUUCUCCUCAGAGUAGGGAUUCCAAAUUUAAGCUCUCCCCCCCUCUCUUUCUCUCUCUCCAUUUAUAUCUAUGUUUUUUUUUUUUCCCCCUCUUGUGUAAGAUCUCGUCACAAUCGAUUUUUGUCCGAUGAGAUCUUGAAGAUAUAUAUUUGCUAAUGGAAGAAGCCGUUCGGGCCGAGGGCUUACGGGGACGGCGGGCCUUCUCUGAUUCUGCAGAGGGUUUAGAUCUCCUCAUGGAUGAAUUGCUAGCAGCGCAGUGCUUCGACUGCUUCGAUCUCUCGCAGCCGGGAAGUGCUUCCCUGGCAAGCCCUUUUUGUUCUUCCGGUUUUUCGCCUCCUUUCGAUGCCAGCAAUGCCAGCUCGAAUCCAAUCCUCCGAGAACCCGAUACCGGAGACGACACGGAAAGGUCAACUUUCUCUUCCAAUUUAUUAGCUUCAGAGGAUGCUUGGACUUGGAUAGAAACAAUUCCUUCGACGAGUUCGAAUGAAUUGAUUCUGAGGAGACCCAGAUCAGAAACAAGCAUCAACUUGUCCUUUAUACCAAGGGGUCCUGUUGUUACAGUCGAAGAUAGAUUGAUCAGUGCGCUGAAUUACAUUAAGGAUUCUCAAAAAGACGGCGAUUUCCUUGUCCAGAUAUGGGCUCCAACAUUGCUAGAAAACAGGCCGGUUCUUACGACACGCGGCCGACCUUUCUCGCUCGAUUCGAGCUGCCAGCGCCUCAGGAAUUUCCGGUCUGUUUCAGUGAAUUACCACUUCUCGGCUGAUGAGUACGCUUACGAGCCGCUGGGAUUGCCCGGUCGGGUUUUCGUGGGGAAGGUGCCCGAGUGGACGCCCGAUGUGAGGUACUUUAACGACUAUGAGUAUCCGCGUGUGGAUCAUGCCAAGUAUUAUGAUGUUCGUGGAACGAUAGCGCUUCCGAUCUUUGAGAGGCAUGAUCGUUCGUGCUUAGGAGUGGUUGAGUUGGUGACGACCAUUCAGAAGAUAAAUUAUGGUUAUGAUGUCGAGAGCAUCUGCAAUGCUCUUCAGUCGGUGGAUCUGCGGAGUUCUGAAGUAUCAACUUUCCGAAGCAAAAAAGUAAGUAAUAACUCGUACCGAACCGUUAUACCAGAGAUUCAAAGAGUGCUAAGAGCAGUUUGCGACAAUCACAGACUCCCAUUAGCCCAAACGUGGAUUUCUUGCAUUCAACAAGGAAAAAGGGGAAGCCGCCACUCCGAUGAAACCUACAAAGACUGCAUAUCCACCGUCGACGAUGCCUGCUAUGUCCGUAAUCCUAGCAUGCUUGGUUUUCAUGAAGCAUGCGCUGAGCACCACUUAUUUAGAGGUCAAGGGGUCGCAGGCCGAGCAUUUAUGACAAAUCAGCCAUGUUUCUCAGAAGAUAUAACUGCCUAUGACAAAGUAGUAUAUCCUCUUUCACAUCAUGCUAAACUUUUUAAUUUGAAGGCUGCAGUGGCAAUAAGAUUGAGAAGCAUUCACACGGGAAAUGCAGACUUUGUGUUGGAGUUCUUUUUGCCCGUCGAUUGUGUGGGAAGUGAAGAGCAGAAGCUGAUUCUUAAUUCUUUGUCCAUCACAAUACAACAAGUUUGCCAGAGUUUAAGAGUGGUCACUGCCAACGAGUUGGAGGCUGAAGCUUUGCUAUAUGAACUAACUCCAACAUAUCCAACUCCUACUGAUAUGUUAUUUGAAAGAGUCGAGCCAAACGAUGAGAGCAAUAUUGUUCCCGUAGGAACUCCCACUAUAGGAGUUUUUGGGGAGGAUUCGUCAUGGAUUACGACAUUUACGGAUUCCCAGAAAAGGGGGGGGGGGAAUUUUGAAAUCAGUAACAAUAGUGUUAUGACCGAAUGGGGCCGGUCAGAGAUGGUAUUGCCGGCUGGGAAGAUCUUUUCUGAGUUGAAGCAGCAUCGCGAAGAUUCACUUAAAAAUUCAGCUGAUCAUACAAGUGCUUUUGUUCGCAAAACGAGCUUUUUGAAUUUGGAGAAAUCAACGGAGAAGAGGCGGUCUAAGACAGAGAAGGCUAUAGGUCUGCAAGAUAUUCAGAAGCACUUUGCUGGUUGUCUAAAAGACGCUGCUAGGAGCCUUGGAGUGUGCCCUACUACCUUGAAAAGGAUAUGCAGGCAACAUGGAAUUUCCCGUUGGCCUUCACGAAAGAUAAAGAAAGUUGGCCACUCCUUGAAAAAAUUGCAAGUGGUUAUUGACUCCGUCCAUGGUGCUGAAGGAGCCUUCCAAUUUAGCUCCCUAUAUGAAAACUUCACCAAAGGUGCAUGGUCGGAUAAAGAUUUAAUGGGCACUACCUCUUAUUCGACAGUGCUGAAGCAGAAUGAUCAACCAGAGUCUUCAAACACAAAACAACAGCAAGAAAUAAGAUUCAUCUCCCACACUUCUGGAUCGAAUUCUCUGUCCUUUUCCUCCUGCACUCAGAGCUCUACCUCUAGUCUUGGUUGUUCAAGUGGAUUGGAGCAGCACGCCAAUACUUCCGAACUGACUAUCAAACAGGAAACAUCGGUGGAAGAGAACCAGGCUGGCAUGUUCAAGAAGUCUCGCAGUCUUGAAUUGCAAGGAUCAGCUAAAGAUACACCGGUACCUCUUGCUAGAUCCCAAAGUCAUGCGGAAAAUCUGUCUAUUUUACAGAAUAGGCAUGAUUCACUUAAGAUAAAAGCCAUUUACGGCGAAGAUAAAGUCAUUUUCCGGCUGCAGCCUAAUUGGGGAUUCGAAGAUCUCAAACAAGAGAUUAUGAGGCGGUUUAACAUAGCGAAUUCUAUUCCGGUGGAUCUCAAGUAUUUGGACGAGGACUCUGAGUGGAUCCUACUGACCUGUGAUGCAGAUCUGCAGGAGUGUGUUGAUGUAUACAAAUCAUUGAAUGCUCAUACAGUCAAAAUUUUAGUAUAUCAUAAUGCUGAGCUGAACAUGAGAUCUUUUUUUGGUCAAACAGGACUGUCAUGACAAUCAAGAUCUUUGGUCUCCUUUAGAACAACCCUCUAAAACUUGCUUUUUGCAAAGAAAGAUGGAAAAUAAGAGAUCCCAAAAAAGGAACAUAUCAGUCUUGUGUCAAAGGUUCAAAUUGGGAAUCGGAGUCUGUACGAAAAAAAAGAAAUGAAAAAAGGAAACCUGAGCAAUAUAUAUAUAUAUAUAUAUAUAUAUAGUCCUAUGCGCGGAGUGCCAUGAAGAUAUUGAUGACUGGGUCAUACGACAUCUGUACAUAUUGUUGUUUCAUAGUAAAAUAAUGGUGAUCUAGAUAUCUCGCUGAUGUAAUUAUCCUAAGGCUGGUUUUUGUCUCUCUGGAAUUGUUUCCUGGAGCAGUGUUACCCUUUUAUGCAGACUUUGGUUGGUGUGUUCUGAUGUGUUCUCCCAAGAAAUCAUGUAGGGCAGAUAUGGUGUUUCCUUGUUUCUCUUUGAAGUGAUUGUUCUUAAGAAUUCAUUCAGGAUACCUGUCAUUGUGGACUGGAAAAGAUGCAGUGUCGAAGCUCUUCCAAAUUUUGAUGUUGUUGAUUUACCAGCACUUCCGUAUUUUUCUUACCGGAAGUGAAGCUGGCUCCGCAACUGAAUUUGGAGAAGCAGCAGUAUGGAAAAUCGUCGACCUUACCGAGUCAGCGAGAGACUAGGAGUCGGUCCAGAAGCACUCCUCAGAUACAAGGUUUUGGAAAUGCUGCAUUUUUUUGGCAUUGUAACAGUAUUGUCAUCUCAUCAUGAUUGUUGUAGAACUUCCUGUAGCCUCUCAGUGCUGAUAACUUGUCAAAGGAAUGCCAAACUACGAUUCCAAUGUGUGGUUAGUUACCACAGCAUUUCUGUUGUGCCUUAAACAAUCGGAACGCAGAAAGCUACAACUGGUGAGAAAUAUUGCUGUUGUUAUCAGUCAUGAAGGAGCAAACAGCUUGUGCUGUGUCUAAAUAGGUGGCCAAUUCUUUUGUCUCUAUCUAUUGAAUCCAAUAGUGUUAAUUCCUCUUUGUAACUGGUGUUAAAUAGCUUCGUUCGGCAUCUGUUUGUCACAGACCGAAGACACAUCUUUUCUUCCUCAGCUGUAUCUUAUGGUAUGGGUUAAAGAGGCAUCUUCUCUUCCUCGUUUGUAUCUUAUGGCAUGGAUUAAAAAUAUCAUGCUGUUAACGUUCUUUCUUGAAAUGUUCUUUGUACAAAAGUUCAAACUACAGUUUUGUGA